CCUCCCUCUCCCCAUCUCUCUCUCCCUCUCUGUCACACACACACACACUAACACACGCUCACGCACACGCAGCGCCACUAAAUUAAGAUGGUUAACCUUGUAGCAAUCCAAAAGCCAAUGUUGCAUGGCCUAAUGAAAAUGGCUGGAGUUGUACCUCAAACUAUAGAAAUCGAGUCAGGCACGGUGAUGAACUUUUGGGUUCCAACUGAAACCGUCCCAAAACAGAAAAAGUCCAAAAAACCCACUAGCUCCAACAACGUGGACGAAAUCAACCUUAAUCACAACAUCCUCAAACCUAAAACUGCGAAGCCAGUAGUAGUAUUAGUCCACGGCUUUGCAACUGAAGGGGUCGUCACUUGGCAAUUUCAAGUGGGUGCUUUAACGAAGAAGUAUUCGGUUUAUAUCCCCGACCUACUCUUCUUCGGCGGUUCAAUCACUGAUAGCUCGGACCGGUCACCGACUUUCCAGGCCGAGUGUUUGGCUAAGGGGCUUGCGAAGCUGGGGAUUGAGAAAUGUACGGUGGUGGGAUUUAGCUAUGGUGGUAUGGUGGCAUUUAAGAUGGCUGAGUUGUACCCGGACUUGGUUCAGGCGAUGGUGAUUUCGGGCUCCAUUUUGGCCAUGACUGAUUCCAUUAGUACCACAGCGUUGAAUGAGUUGGGGUUUUCUUCUUCUUCUGAGCUGCUGCUGCCAACUUCUGUUAAGGGUUUAAAGGCACUUCUCAAAGUGGCUGUUCACAAGAAGCUUUGGUUCCCCGAUCGGCUUCACAAAGACUUUCUUGAGGUUAUGUUCAAUAACAGAAAGGAAAGAGGAGAACUUCUUGAUGGUGUAGUAGUCAGCAACAAGGAUGCUACCAUCCCCACAUUUACACAGCAAAUACAUCUUUUGUGGGGCGAGAAUGAUCAGAUUUUCAAGCUCGAGCUAGCUCAGAACAUGAAACAGCAACUGGGAGAUAUGGCGACGAUUCAGGGCAUAGGGAAAGCAGGGCACCUGGUUCACCUAGAGCGACCCUGCGUCUACAAUAGGUGUCUUAAGAAGUUCCUUGCUUCCCUGAAAGCAGAUGAAGCGCAAAAAUUCAUCUGAUUUUCUGAAAGAAUUCAUCAUGUCCUCUUUUUGAUUUCCUUCCUUUUGUUAACAUUAUUAUUAUUACUGUUUAGUAGUAUUUAAUUAAUUGAAUCAAACAUGAAAUUGGUGUGGUGUGCCCACACUCAGC